AUGGGCGGCAUUCCCAUGCUCCUCCUCCUCCGGACGGCCGCCGUCCUCCUCCUCCUCCUGUCGUCGCCCCUCCCCGUCUCAAGCGCCGACCUCUACGCCGUCGUCUACAAGGGCUGCGCCAACCAGACCUUCCCGGGCGGCACCGCGCCGGCCACCAUCGCCGCCCUCUCCUCCUCCCUCGCCGCGCAGUCCGCCUCCGCCAAGUUCUACAAGACCUCCUCCUCCUCCGCCUCCGCCGCCUCCGCCUCCGUCUUCGGCCUCUUCCAGUGCCGCGGCGACCUCUCCGGCCCGGACUGCUCCUCCUGCGUCGCCCGCGCCAUGUCCUCCUGGCCCGACCUCUGCGGCGCCGCCGUCGCCGCGCGCGUCCAGCUCAACGGCUGCCUCGCGCGCUACGAGGUCUCCGGCUUCCCCCAGGUCUCCGGCGUCCAGAUGCUCUUCAAGACCUGCGGCACCGGCGGCGGCGGCGGGGACGCCGACCUCGAGGUGCGCCGCGGCACCGCCUUCGCGCAGCUCGAGGCCGGCGUCGGCACCAGCGCAGGCGGCUUCUUCGCCACCAGCUACCAGCAGGUCUACGCGCUCGCGCAGUGCGAGGGCGACCUCUCCGCCGUCGACUGCAGCAACUGCGUCACCCAGGCCGUGCAGCACGUACAGGUCGAGUGCGGCGGCGCGCCGUCCGGGCAGGUAUACCUCGACAAGUGCUACAUUACCUACAGCUACUACCCGCACGGCGUGCCACACGGCGGAGGCGGCGGACUCGGAGGGCAGCAGACAGCAAAGACUGUAGCCAUCGUGCUGGGUGGAGCUCUAGCUCUGGGUUUCCUGGUCAUCUGCUUGCUCUUCGCCAGAAGUCUGGUCAAGAAGAAGGAAGAUUACUGACGGGGAAGCAUGGCGGAGCAAACAAAAGCAUUGGGGCAUGGUGUGCAUUUCGAUAGGGGUGUUGGACGGUUGUGUUCUUCAAGGUG